CAACGCCAAAGACCAGGGCCGCAAAAAGUUGAAUCGCAGCAAAUGCAGCAAGAGCCUCAAUCGACUCGCGACGACCACCCCCGCGAUCCCGAAACGACCGCCUUCGCCACGCCUUUCGCAUACCCCUCCGACAGGGCCCGCGUCCACACAUCGCAGCGAUGGCGCUCAACCCCUCAAGAUCAGCCCCGAAGCUGACCCAGCACGCCAUCCGCGCCUGCAGAGCAUCCCGCACCGCACCAGCCACCGCCUCGUUCUCGACCUCGUGUGUAACACGGUCUGAGGCGGUACCGUCCAGCUCGCAGAACAAUGCGCCGCGGUGGUCACGCACACCAGAGCGCAUGAAGGCGCCUUUCUCACCACACAUCACAAAGGACCCAGCACGGUCAAGGUGGAAGGUCAACGAGGACCCCAAGAGGUUGGAUAAGGCGUUGAACCAGUUCUUCGGCCACGAUGGCGAGCGGUUGCUGCCAGACGAGCUCAAAUGGCUUGCUGUCACCCACAAGAGUUUCGACCAGGGAAGGAGAGGGUUCAAUGACCGCCUAGCGUUCCUCGGCCGUCAGAUAUGCACAUACGAAGCGACGCAGUCAAUCCUCACUUCACCUGCCCAAACUGUCGAACCAGAGGCUGAUCCCUACGCCCACCUCCGCACUCCCUUUGAGCACCCCGAGCUCCGGAGCCUGGACAACCUCACCCUCAACCAGCCCUCUGACAUCUUCACAUUUGAGAAAUUGGCGGCUCUCGCGGUAGACACCGGCGUGGCGGAUAUUGUGCGGUGGAAGCCGAGAAUGCCCGAAAACAUCCAGGGAUCUGGGUUCGCCGUCGUCGUGUCAGGCGCCGUGUACGCGCUGGUUGGCGCCAUUGCCAUGCAGCACGGCGGCAAGGUCGCCAGCCGCAUCGUGCGGGAGCGGAUAAUCAAGAAGCUUCCCAAAUAAAUGCACAGUACAUGAAUCCCCACGAGAGCGCUGCGUCCGCCCCUACCGAGGGACGAUGACCACGGAAUGAAGCACUGGCUGCACGGGAUGAACUAGGAGCGAGGACAUACGCAUGCACCUUCGAGCACGGAACGUGCUCACAAAUGUACAAUGCCACGUCGUAAAGCAUCAGCGCAUGAUACUGUAUAGAUAUCAGGAUGACCAGGCCGGCUUGGCCCUUGGGAUGACUGUUUGUACAAAAGAAAGUAAGACCUUUGUAUUAUCUACUGUAGAGAGAAUAUAAGGGAAGAUACCGAAAAGGUAGUCAAACGAUAA